AUGCCUCUAUCACUGAUGGAGCCCCUCAGCAGACCGCCGUCGCGCGAUCUCACACCAUCCCGACGCCUGUCUCGCGAAGAAACAUAUCACCUGGCCGACACUGCACGGAGGAAGUCAUCGGACAGACUCGUCCGCGAGGAUCUCCGCCUGAAACUCAGCCAUGGCCACCUACUAGAACUACUUCUCCAAGACAUCGCCCGAACAGAGCGAGAACGUCAAACAUCACCAACCGACGAAAAGUACUUGAUGCCACAGGAGAGAAAACGACCGUCGUCGGAAGGAAAGACAUCUUCCCACGCCGACCUGGAAUUGGUGGACGAUUAUGGAUUUCCGCUGGAGCUGGAAGACGGCGAGGAAGACCUGGGAGAGUUGUCGUUAACAAGGACGCAAUCGCGAAGGCCCGUGAGAUGA